GCCUGGGAGGUAAGAGGGCGGAGGGAAGGAAGAGGAGGCGGGAUCCGGGCCCUGCGUUGGCUGCGGCCUGGCACCAAGGGGGCGGCCCCGGCGGAGUGCAGACCCAGUGGCUCCCGGCGAUUAUGGACCCGGCCGAGGCGGUGCUGCAGGAAAAAACGCUCAAGUUUAUGUGCUCUAUGCCCAGGUCUCUGUGGCUGGGCUGCUCCAGCCUGGCGGACAGCAUGCCUUCGCUGCGAUGCCUGUAUAACCCAGGGACUGGCGCACUCACAGCUUUCCAGAAUUCCUCAGAGAGAGAAGACUGUAAUAAUGGCGAACCCCCUAGGAAGAUAAUACCAGAGAAGAAUUCACUUAGACAGACUUACAACAGCUGUACCAGACUCUGCUUAAACCAAGAAACAGUAUGUCUAGCAAGCACUGCUAUGAAGACUGAAAAUUGCGUGGCCAAAACAAAACUUGCCAAUGGCACUUCCAGUAUGAUUGUGCCCAAGCAACGGAAGCUCUCAGCAAGCUAUGAGAAAGAAAAGGAACUGUGUGUCAAAUAUUUUGAGCAGUGGUCAGAGUCCGAUCAAGUGGAAUUUGUGGAACAUCUUAUAUCCCAAAUGUGUCAUUACCAACAUGGACACAUAAACUCGUAUCUUAAACCUAUGUUGCAGAGGGAUUUCAUAACUGCUCUGCCAGCUCGGGGUUUGGAUCACAUUGCUGAGAACAUUCUGUCAUAUCUGGAUGCCAAAUCACUAUGUGCUGCUGAACUUGUGUGCAAGGAAUGGUACCGAGUGACAUCUGAUGGCAUGUUAUGGAAAAAGCUCAUUGAGAGAAUGGUCAGGACAGAUUCUCUGUGGAGAGGCCUGGCAGAACGAAGAGGGUGGGGACAGUAUUUAUUCAAAAACAAACCUCCGGAUGGGAAUGCUCCUCCCAACUCUUUUUAUAGAGCACUUUAUCCUAAAAUUAUACAAGACAUUGAGACAAUAGAAUCUAAUUGGAGAUGUGGAAGACAUAGUUUACAGAGAAUCCACUGCCGAAGUGAAACAAGCAAAGGUGUUUACUGUUUACAGUAUGAUGAUCAGAAGAUAGUAAGCGGCCUUCGAGACAACACAAUCAAGAUCUGGGAUAAAAGCACAUUGGAAUGCAGGCGAAUUCUCACAGGCCACACGGGUUCUGUGCUGUGUCUCCAGUAUGACGAGAGGGUGAUCAUCACUGGAUCAUCGGAUUCUACAGUCAGGGUGUGGGAUGUAAAUACAGGUGAAAUGCUAAACACGUUGAUUCACCAUUGUGAAGCAGUUCUGCACUUGCGUUUCAAUAACGGCAUGAUGGUGACCUGCUCCAAAGACCGUUCCAUUGCUGUUUGGGAUAUGGCCUCCCCAACUGAUAUCACCCUCCGGAGGGUGCUUGUCGGACAUCGCGCUGCCGUCAAUGUCGUAGACUUCGAUGACAAGUACAUUGUUUCUGCAUCUGGGGAUAGGACCAUAAAGGUAUGGAACACAAGUACUUGUGAAUUUGUAAGGACCUUAAAUGGACACAAACGUGGCAUUGCGUGUUUGCAGUACAGAGACAGGCUGGUCGUGAGUGGCUCGUCUGACAACACUAUCAGAUUAUGGGACAUAGAAUGUGGUGCAUGUUUACGAGUGUUAGAAGGCCAUGAGGAAUUGGUGCGCUGUAUUCGAUUUGAUAACAAGAGGAUAGUCAGUGGGGCGUAUGAUGGAAAAAUUAAAGUGUGGGAUCUUGUAGCUGCUUUGGACCCCCGUGCUCCUGCAGGGACCCUCUGUCUACGGACCCUUGUGGAGCAUUCUGGAAGAGUUUUCCGACUCCAGUUUGACGAAUUCCAGAUUGUCAGUAGUUCACAUGAUGACACAAUCCUCAUCUGGGACUUUCUAAACGAUCCAGCUGUCCAAGCUGACCCUCCCCGCUCCCCUUCUCGAACAUACACCUAUAUCUCCAGAUAAAUAAUCACACGCUGACCUCAUUCUUGCCCAGGACUCAUUAAAGUUGCGGUAUUUAACAUAUCUGCCAAUACCAGGAUGAGCAACAACAGUAACAAUCAAAAUACUACCCACUUUCCCCGGACUAGCCGAGGGACGGGGCUUUGAGACUCCUGUUGGGACACAGUUGGUCUGCAGUCGACCCAGGAGGGUCUACUCAGCACAGCUGACUGCUUCCGUGCUGCUAUCAGAAGAUGUCUUUUAUCUUUCAUGAAUGAUUGGAACUUUUAAACCUCACCUCACUUCCCCUCCUCCUUUCCCCUCUGCACCCAUUUUCCCCUCAUUUGGUUCCAGACAAAGAUGACUUAUAAAUAUAUUUAGUGUUUUGCCAGAAUCUCUCUUGCUUUGCCAUUAAGCAGAAGAACUAGUUUCCCUAUAUAGCCUGCUGGGAGAGACCCACUUUUAGGGCACGGGGAUACAGCUUCCAGCCAGACAGCACCCAGUGUCUCCCCGUGAACUACAGAACGCCCAGCGCCUGGCAAGAUCAGCAUGGCCCCCCUGUGCUUAGGGGGAGACAGCUGUCUGUAUAGCCUCUGGGGCAAGAAAGAGAGACAGCAGGAAUGCGCACACUGGAAGAUCGGGGCCUCCUUCCUUUCAUCUCUCUCUGUUUCUGUCCCUGUUUUUCCCCCUCCCUCCAUUCCCCUUCAACCUGUUUCUCUACUCCUCCUCAGAAGAAAGAGUAUGAAGAGAGUGUCCUCAGUUAGCAUGAGACAAAUCAGCUAGAAAAUGCAACACUUGGAAGAGUUAAAUGCUGUUCAGUCAGAAUUUCAAACCUAGACUUUUGCUGCAAGUGACCCUAUGUGACAACAGUGGGUUCUCAGACAUGGUACUCGCAUCAUAUUUGCAACUCUUCUGUCUUCUUCUAAUUCCCCUCCCCCUGCCCCCCAGAAAAGGUGGGGAGCAGAAGUUUCCUGGGCUCCAUCAAUGACCACAUCUUUUCUGGACUCAGCAGUCUCCUUGAUUCCAUGUAGAGUGUGGAAAGGAGUUGCUGAUUGCAUUUCCUCUCAUUAACAAUUAGAUGUGUAAUAAAAAGCAUUGUACUUCAUCUUAAAUCACUGGUAAGGCUCAGCCUACAGAAAGGUUUGAAAUGGCCAGAGCCAGUGGCUCGGUGCGUACUGCGUAAUGGUUCACAUCUCUGAUUUCCUCAGCAGGGCCUGUGAGCACGCAGGCGCCUGCAUCUUUGCCAAGACCACAGUCAGAGUAGCUUCAGAGGUGGCCAGGAGUAAAAAGUUGGUUUCUUUUUCAUUUAGGUCAGUAAAUAUAAUUUCUCAAAAAUCAAGCUAAUCAUCUCAACCUUGCACUGCAGAACCUUCUGCGUUUCCCAAGCCCAAUAUUUACAAAGGGCAAAGCUGCCAGAGAGAACAGAUCAGGGUGAAGACUGGCACACAGGGUUUCUUAUGGGGCAGAAACUGCCUUCUCUUUCCUUUCCUUCCUCCUCCUAGUCUUAUUUACUCUCCACCCUCCCCAACCAAUAAAAUUUCUCUGGCAGUUGGUGAACAACAUAAACAAAUGGACCUCAGCGAGGGCCCAGCUGACCCAGCCACUUGAACGGCAGCUGUGUGGGCUUUGGGCGUAGGGCACGUGUGCCACCCCAGCCUGGGAGCGAUAGGGAAUACGGUCAGCCUGUGCCAAGCUUGCUUCCUGGGGCAGGAGUGGACCUCCACCAGCCGUUUCAGGUGACAUGGACACCCCCAUUAAAGGCUUCUCAGCCACAGCACAGUCUCAAGUGUCCCUUGGAAGCUGAACUGUCAGGCCCAUUGUUUCCAUUCCUGGUCAAAGCAGUUGAGUAACCAGUUGCUGUAAAAACAUCAGAAUGGGAGCCAGUUGCCGGUGACCUCAAAGCCAGGCCACCUGUAGUUCAGCAGAGGGAGAAGGGGAGAAAGUCAUCUUCACUGUUCCCUCUGAUUUGCAAGAAGGUAUCCUCUUCCUAAAACGUGCCCUGUGUUGUUAUUACAUCUUAAAAGUCAGGUUGUGCAUAUGCAUUUUUCCUUUCCUGCUUUAUGAGUGCUUUUAAGCGUUUAGUUCCAGGUUGCAGUCAGAAAAUACUUCCCAGUGUAAUGAUAAGUUAUUGCCUAGGAAAUAUUUUCUGAGUGUAAUUCCCUUUCCAACUACCCAAUGCUACAGAGAAAUGUUUUCUAUCUAGUCACUAUCAGGGUUCCUUGUCUGUUGUGUUGAUUAUUAAUGACUUUUUGAUUGAUUAAAGAUUCUGCUAUAGAUAAGGCAGAGGGCCCCGUCAGCCCUGAAAGACACACAGGUCAGGCAUUAAAGAAGCAUGGAUUUUAAGCUAUUUCAAAAUACUGUCCAAUAGCCAUAACUUGACUAGCCCUUCUGUUAUAUGCUGCUGUUCAAAAGUGGGAGCUGUUGAAUAUUCAUUGGUGCCCGGGGUUUUGCUCUCUCAUCUAGGUUCAGUUGAAAGUAGAUUGUUUCUGAAACUGUUCUGAAGCUUGUUCAGUAUAUCAUAAAUGAGAUUGAGGUGGGCCCUGCAGUCUGGAGCCAUUAGCUCCCUUGAGGAUAUUCUCCAAGUUGUCCUCUGUUGCUGAUGAAAUGGGAAUGAAGUUAAGUGGUCUGAAAAAACUUGAGUCAGUCACAUUUCUCAGCUCGGGGGGUCAUUUACCAGUUCAUUGUAGAAGAAAUAAUCAGGUAAGUAGAAGUUCAUUUCCAGAGAUGGUAAACCCCACUUACCAUCUCUGCAUGAUUUCAGUGGGAAUUGAUUAUCACUAAUCCCCAACUGGGCUAGAAUAAAUGUAAAGUUUGACCUUUUUAAAAAGAGAAACAAAGAAAGUCUCAACACAUUUAAAGGAAUGGCAGAAAAGGAGCUGACGGUGUCUCUGCGCUCUGAAAUGAAAUGUCUCCAUUGUGGAUUAGCCUCUUCUCGCUAAAAUUCCAAUGUGGGCCUGAAAGGAACAUUUCUUAAAGGUGGGAGGAAGCCCCUUCAAAGGCGAGCAAGAGGCGUGUGCGUGCAUGUGCUCCUGGGAGCUCGGGGUACGCGCAAGCUCUCCGUUCACACUGGGGCUGCCUGGCUAAAACCAGCAUGCCUUGCUGCACGUGUGUGUAUUUCCACCCCUGACAACACCCUUUUACUUUCCUGUGUGCAGUGUGAAUGGGAGGCCUUGUACACUUGUCCCUUGGCAAAAUUCUUUCUGGUGACUCUGCCAGAAACAGAGACAGGGACUCUCUGGAACUCUUAUCGACAAAUAAUAAAGUCUGGCCCUCAGAACCUGUUCCCAAACUGAGAAAGACCCUGGGACCCCUAAAUCAUUCUGUUUUCUGCCUGAGUAAGAAAAAUCCUUUCUUAUUUUUCUUUUGUAAAAUCAAAAGCUGAAGAGAAGAAAAUAGGCACUCUUCUCCGUUGCCGUCUCUUGGUACCCAUUGGUCUAAACAGCUGGGCUUGAUCUUAGCACUCGACUGUGUAUGGAAACAAAGGGCUUGGGGUGGAGGGGGUGGGGAAUAUUGGAAAUAAUUAGGGUGGUUUUUUUCUUUCCUAGAAUUAGAUUAGAUGCCUUGGUAUUGUUGACUUUCUUGGCGUCCUCCAUUUACCUUAGAUGGUAAUACCUUCCUGCCUGAAGUGGGAGCAGCCCAAUCCAGAAUAGUGCCAGCCUGAGGGCCUAGGCUGCGAGCUUGAGUCUGGAGGAAUCCAAGGUACUUCCAGGUGGAAAAAGGGAUGCUUAGAUAAGCGCCACCCGUAAGCAUCAUGCUCUUUGGGCUUCAGGUUUACCAUAUGACUUUAGUCCACAUUUCUGAUCUCCUUCCCCAUUUGGGUGAGUUCAAGCUGAAGAACAUGAAAAGGUACCCAUGCUUCUCCUUGCCUUCCUCUCUACCGUCCUAGAAUAACAACUUUCACUUCUAACACGUGCACCCAGGGCCUGCAGGCUGAGUCCCUCUUGCUGGGCUCCGUCCACACAGCUGACCGCUGCCAGCCCAGAGCCCCUUACUGUCUCCACAAUCUCAACAUAAUCAGUGCCAGAAAGACAGCCAUCUCUUAGGGCAAUAAGGCUGAGUUUUGCUGCUUGUUAUUUUUAUCUGUAGUUCAUUUGUGACUUCAGAAUUCUUGGAACUGAGGAAAGAAACCAAAAGGGCAUGAUUAUGGCUGCCUGAUUGCAGGUGCAACUUAAUGCAUUGAUAUCCUGAAACCUUUUCUGUUGGAAGUUGAGUACCUAUGAUCUAAAAUUUCCUCGAGGCAGAUGAUAUCUAAACUAUGUGCUCUCCAGCCCAGCCAGCUGACUCUUAGCUCCUGACUGGCUGUGUCUGUGUUUAAGGAUGAGUGCAGUAAAGAGCAUUAUAAAGCAUCACCUCCCCUCUCUCCCUGUCCCUUCUUGGACACCAAAGGAAAGACCAACAAGGAGGGUUAGACCUCUGGGUACCGAGGAUACUGACACCAUCCCAAAUCAGUGACCACACAAGCCCAACCCAGACUGUUCUGAGGGAUAUUCACUGGACUCCAACUAGGGGCAGGCCUGGCAACAGAUGUGAGCUUCCCUGAGAGCUGUCCGUUGGUUCAGCCCUUUGUUCUCUAGACUUAAGUACUGACUGCUUUGACUUUUGUGCUUAUGUUUGGUGAUGUGUAGUCAAUGUACCAAUUAUGUUCACAACCUAGGAUCAUGAUAAUAUAGUGUGUUUUGGUUUUUUUAACUGUUCAGAAAAAAGUAACUUAAAUUACAAAUAUAAGAUUAAAGUGAA